UCUUAGUAAAAAAGUUGGAUCGGAUGUAGCCAUGGAAACAGUUUUAUUAAUUCUUUUCUUAUUUGAAAUAAUAAAAAACAAUCACGGGAAAUUUGCCACUAUGAUGAACGUUACUGUCUGGAUUCAUAAAUUUGAUCGGCGUUGUGCCUUCAAUAGCUAGAAUUUCGAAUAGUUAUCACUGUCGAUGGAGUCUGCGACCACAUUUGCAGAAGAAGAGGCGGACCAAACAUUUGCAGUCUGCAAGAAGAUGACUGUUUGUUUUUUAUGGUCUGCAGUCUGCGGACCACAUCCUCAGAAGAAGAGGUGGACCAAAAGUUUGCAGUCUGCAAGAAGAAGACUAUUUGUUUUUUAAGGUCAGUAGACUGGAGUUUGCGGACCACAUUUGCAGAAGAAGAAGUGGACCAUAUCUGUAGAAGAAGAGGUGGACCAAAUGUUUGCAAUCUGCAAGAAGAAGACUGUUUGUUCUUUAAGGUCUACAGACUGCAGUCUGCAGACCUCAUUUGCAAAAGAAGAGGUGGACCAAACAUCUGCAGUCUGCAAGAAGAAGACUGUUUGUUUUUUAAGGUUUACAGACUGCUAGAUUAAAAUGCAAUUUAAAUACAUUGGUUUUUUUAAAUUUAAAAGAGUUUUUCAACAUUGAAAUUAAAGUCGUCACAACAUACAUUCUAUGGAAGUUGCAAUCUCCAUAUAUAUAUAAUUCUAUGGCACAUUUCCUUUAGUUUAACAAGUCGCCUCAGUGUAGUGUAGCUUGUCAUAAUUGCAGCAUUCAUGAAGGAUUUUGAGUACUAUAUAACUAUUAAUGAGUUGACUCGUAUAACUCGAAUCUUAUUUGAAACAAAGGAUAACUAUCCUCUUGUUUUCAAUGAUCUAUUCAAUGCUUAGCGGUGAGUAAUAACUCGAUAGCCAGCUCACUUGACACGUUAUAGCGCUAUAAAGGUAAACAAAAAGGGUAUUCCUCAUUUCCUCUAUACACAUCCCCAAUCCCAAAAUCAAAAACUGAAACCAAUUCUCUUGAAUUAGGGCUCCAUAUCUCAAAAAUGGUGAAGAGAAAACCAAUGAUAUUUGAUGAUAUCAAUAUUGAUAAAGAGCCGAUGGACGAUAAUGAUCGAAUUACUCGUUUGCCAAAUGAUGUUAUUCAUUACAUGUACUCAUUUAUGGAUUCAAGAUGCAUUGUUCAAAGUAGCGCUCUCUCACGAAGGUGGAUACAUAAAUGGAGAUCCCAUCCCUAUCUCAACUUUGAAACCCUUCCUUUCACCAAUAAGAAAUUUCCCAAAUUUAUGCAUCGAUUUCUCACCAAUCGUAAGAAUGAUGCAGAAAUUGUCGCCAUUGACUUUCGGUCAACUUCAAUCAGGCUAAGUCUUCUCAAAGAGGUGAUAUCUUAUGCUAUGUCUCACGGUACUCAAAAGAUAAACAUUGAAUACCCGAGUCUUAUCCCAACAAGACGUGGUGGAUUCGAUUUAUCUUUGUUUAAAUCUCAUUUUCUUCAAGAUCUUUGUUUGAAUAUCGAUUUUGAGCUCUUUAAAACUCCAAAUCUCACAUGGGAUUUGCCUGUUUUGACUACUUUGCAUCUUGAAAGGGUUUCAUUCUUACUGUAUCCUACUGAUAACAAAUCCUUGGAUUUGUUUUCCACCUUUUCAAAUCUGAAAAAUCUUGUCUUGGUUGAUUGUCAAUUAUGGAGAGUUAAUACUUUCUAUAUCACAUCAAGUAAAUUAGAGAAUCUGAGAUUAAACAUUCUUCAUCAUUCAUGUCAGUUUGUGAUCUCAGCACCCAAACUUUCCUCUUUCACAUAUCAUCGCAUGGAUCAUUCAUUUUUGUUGUUAACCAGUGAUCUCAAUUCAUUAGAAACUGUAGUCUUUCGAACCAUUUAUGACAACAGAUCAAUGGGAGAACAACAAAAGAAUGUUGAGUUGAUGAUCAAUAUUUUUCAUCAAAUGUGUAACACAAAGUUUCUUACUUUAAACACUGCUACAUUGAAGUUUCUUUCAAGAUUCCCUGAAUUACUUAAAAGUAAAAUUUCCCCUUUUGUGAGAUUACAAACUUUGACAUUGAAUGAAAUGCCUCCAUCAUCUGUUGACCUUGCUGAUAUCAUCAGUUAUUUCCGUAGCUGUGUUCCAGAUCGCUUGUUUUUUGUUGAAUAUUAUCCAGAAUUAUGGAGCAUUCUUGACAUGAAAUCCAUUGAAAAAAUCAUCAUCAGGUUUGAUUGAUGUUUUGAUAUCAGAGGCUGUCUCUCCUGGUUACCCUUUGUUGCUUUUGAGUGUGUGUGUGUGUGAUAAACUCUAGUCAUGUUUACAUUUUUGGAUUUCUCAUGUUAAACAACAAUGCUUUGUGUUUUUGGCUACAAAUGUUGUUAUUGUUUUAAUCAUGUUAUGGAUGCUUUGUUGUUGUGUGGAUC